AACGCAAGGAGCACAUAAACCUGUUCGGUAGUUUCCGCAACAAACCAUAGAUUUCCGCAUCAAACAAAGGCCACCAAUCAAAAGACCGCAUUUCGCUUCAUAAUUCCAACGUUGAACAGAAAAAUCGGCUGUUGAACAGGCUUGCACGGUCCACUUCCUUUUGUAAACAAUAGAUUUUUUCAUGAUAGGUGAACUUUUAUGUGUCAUUAAUGAAAUAUACCUCAUGUUUUUGUGGAAAAAUUUGAUUUUCACAAGAAUGGCAAUUUUUUAAUUGGCAGACUUGCUGUCUGGUAUUCAUUAAUAUUUUACAUUGCUGUAAAGCAAGCCCUGAAUGGCGUGUUGGUGACCACGUGCGGAGAUCGUCAUUCCGGCUUUGGAAGGCGGGCAAUACAAGGAUUGAGCACAUAAGAUUCUGAAGGAGAGUUUCAAAUAUUUGCUCGGAAGACAUGGAUCUCCUCAAGUUUUUCAAGUAUGUGGACGAGCACCAGACUCAUUAUGUCAGCCUGCUGAGGGAGGCUGUUGAGAUUAAGUCGGUGUCGGCAUGGCCCGAGGCCCGCCCUGAGAUCGUCAAGAUGGUCCACUGGGUGGGCGACCGGCUGAAGAAGCUGGGCGCCACCGUCGAGUACCGCGAUGUCGGUGAACAGGAGCUGCCGUCGGGCCAGAAGCUGGCGCUGCCGCCGGUGCUGCUCGGUCAGCUGGGCACUGACCCGGCCAAGCGGACGCUCUGCGUGUACGGCCACCUGGACGUGCAGCCGGCGGCGCGCGAGGACGGCUGGGCCACCGAGCCGUUCCAGCUGAUCGAAAAGGACGGCCAGCUGUUUGGCCGCGGCGCCACCGACGACAAGGGGCCCGUGCUCUGCUGGCUGCACGCCGUGGAGGCGCUCCAGGCCACCGGACAGGACAUCCCCAUCAAUAUCAAGUUUGUGUUCGAGGGUAUGGAGGAGUCGGGCUCGGAGGGCCUGGACGACCUGCUGGCAGCCGAGAAGGACAAGUUCCUGGCCGGUACCGACUUCGUCUGCAUCUCGGACAACUACUGGCUGGGCAAGAAGAAGCCGUGCAUCACGUACGGCCUGCGCGGCGUCUGCUACUUCUUCAUCGAGGUGCAGUGCGCCAAGCAGGACCUGCACAGCGGCAUCUUCGGCGGCACCGUCCACGAGGCGAUGUCCGACCUGAUGUACAUGAUGAACACGCUGGUGGACGCCGAGGGCCGGAUCCUGGUGGACGGGCUGAAGGAGCAGGUGGCGCCGCUCACCCCCGAGGAGCGCGCCCUCUACAAGGACAUCGACUUCGACCCGGAGGACUACCGCAAGGACAUCGGCACCAACUGCUGCAUCCAAAAGGGAGACAAGGCUGAGACGCUGAUGGCCCGGUGGCGGCACCCGUCGCUCUCGCUGCACGGCGUGCACGGCGCCUUCUCAGAGGACGGAGCCAAGACGGUCAUUCCCAUGAAGGUGACCGGCAAGUUCUCCAUCCGUAUCGUGCCCAACAUGACGCCCGAGUCGGUGGAAAAGUGCGUCGUCGAGUACCUCAACAAACAGUGGAAGAAGCGCGCCAGCCCCAACGAAAUGAAGGCGUUCAUGUUCCACGGCGGCCGGUGCUGGGUCACCGACCCCCACCAUCCGCACUACCAGGCCGGAGCGCGCGCCAUCAAAUCGGUGUUCGGAGUGGAGCCCGACCUGACCCGCGAGGGCGGCUCCAUCCCGGUCACACUGACCUUCCAGGAGGUGACGGGCAAGAACGUGAUGCUGCUGCCGGUCGGCGCGUGCGACGACGGCGCCCACUCGCAGAACGAGAAGAUCAACAUGACCAACUACAUCCAAGGGAUCAAGAUGCUGGGCUCGUACAUGAACGAGGUGUCCAAGAUCAGCGAGUAAGGUCCGCGGUGCCCCACCGACCCCCGCUCCUGGCGCCGGGGUGGGACCGGACACUGCCCCCUCCUCCCCGCUGUGAGACCGGGGUGGGACCCGACGGUGACAAACCUGGGCCGUGAUAUCUGGUUGUGGCGGCCCCAAGGGCCGCCCUGUAUGUAAUCUUGAUACGGUGAUUUCCCAGUUAUGUGAUCAUACCGACAUUUUCGGUGCCUCGCGUCACGCUCGUUUUCUAUCGGGUGCUUUAAGAUUGUUGGUCUAUUGUAAUACAGUGAUUUGGAGAAGA